UCUGUCUUGGAGAGGUGUGUGGGUUGAGCGUGAUUUGACUGAAAGAAAGAAAGAAGGAAAGAAAAAGAAAGAAAGAAAGAAGUUCACAAGAAAUUGCUGAAAAGAGACAUACAUCUUUUGAGGAUUUUUCUGAACAAUUUUAAGGUGGAACUGUUAUUGAUUCAGCAUUCCUUAAGAACAUGUUGGAUGUGGAGACAAAUGGCAGAUAUCACUGACCUCUGAUGAGACAGUGUGGUCACUUUUAAGGGCUUGAAGGGAUUUUUGUGUGGAGAUUUCAACAAGAAACUAUUUUUUUCUUGGUGGGACUUAAUGUAAACAGCUGUAAGUCUUAAGACAAAGGAAAAGAAAGAAACCGAGAUGGCACAGAAAGAGGGAGGAACAGAGCAGGGGCGUGUUAAGACCGGGGACAAUCUUGGGGCCAAAGCCAUGGCCGGGGCUCAUACAGCAGGCGGGGGAGUGGUGGUGGAGGUCCGGGAGAAGAAGGGACCCCUAAGGGCUGCAAUACCCACAAUGCCUUUCCCUCUAGCCGUCAUCUGUCUGUUUCUCAACACCUUCAUACCUGGACUCGGUACCUUCAUCUCAGCCUUCACAGUGCUGUGUGGAGCUCGCAGCGAGCUGAUCUCAGAGCGAGGUGUGUGCUGCGUGUUCUGGCUCAACGUGGCGGCGGCCCUCAUCCAGAUACUGACAGCUGUUAUCAUGGUUGGAUGGAUCAUGAGCAUCUUCUGGGGAAUGGACAUGGUCAUCCUGGCAAUUUCUGACGGCUGUAGAGACCAGGGUGUUCCUCAAGACGUCUGAGAGAGGUCGCUCUGAUGUUAAGCUGAUGGAUCUAAUGGACAGUUUGACCUCUUUAACCCCCUGACGCCUGAUGUUGACCUUUGUGAUGACCUGUAGCUGUCUGUCUGUCUUUCAAACGCUGGACGACAGAGAGAGGCAGAGACACAUUGAAAAUGGAUAAGCUACAUGGAAAAAGAAAGAAAUAAAAAAAUCUAUCAACAAAAUAUUUGAUCGCUAACUGCUGAUUGGCUUGGACCACGCCAUGAGGUGAAAGGAAUGGAACGACAAAGACAGAGUCACCAGAGAUACGAAGGAUAAGGAAAACAAUGUGUUUGUAUUUUCUUGAGUAAUUAUUACAAUGGUUUUUGAGAUUUUUUAUUUGACUACAAACAUAUGUCAGAAUACUUAUUUCUUACAUAAUAUGAUGGAGUAAAUGAAGAAUGAGGGACAAUUUGUCAGCAUAACUGUGUAAGAAAACUAAGAUAUUGAUUUGCAAAUUUUGUAUUUCUGUAUCUUUGGCUUGUGAAUUUUGUUAGAAUCCAGUUGGAAUUACAUUAAAUGUAUAAAAAGACCAUUUCAGCCAAUAUGUACAAUAUUGCCAUGACAGGUGUAUUCAGCUUAAAUAAUGCAUUAAAUAUCACAGCAGUGUUUCCAUUAAGUUGGACACUGGCUCCCUGGAGCAGUUGCCACUUCACUUAAAACAGAUGUAUUAGUUUCAGUGUCCAUUUCAAGAAGAAUUUUACAAUCAUGUGAUAUAUGAAGAGUGACUUUGUUAGUUUUCAGGUUGUUGUAGUGGCCUUUCCAUUCUAGUUUGUGCUGUAAUAUUGACAUUGUAUCCCAUCUCAGAAAAGGUACAAUAUAUUUAACUUUCAGUGUUCAAAGUUCUCACAAUGAAACAUCUUCCAUCUUCUCUUAAUUGUUAGGAAAAAUAGUGUUUACUUGUAAAAUAAACAGAACUGUACAGCAACAAUCAUAUUUAACAUAAUCACAGUGACUCUCCACUAAAUCAGACAAUCUAUAAAUGCCUCUGAGACUAAGUAUUAAUUAUUGUAAGUUUGAAUGAUAACUAAAUGAUGACUUGGUAAUGGUGGAGGUUUCAUAUGUAACCGUUGUAUCCAUUAGUCUAAAGUUAUCGUGUAGGUGCAAUAUCUUUCUUUUCAUGCAGUGAUUCAAUAGCAAACACCUUUUCAACACACUGUAUCACAAUGCUGGUUGCAAGAUGUGUGCAUCAUCCUAAAGUUACAGCGAUGUGUGGAAAAUGACUCAUCAUCCCUCCUGAUAAUUGCCGUAUUUGAUUUGAAUUUUGAUACCUUCUCAAAUGUGUAAAUCAGUGUCAAAAGGAUAUUACAGAUGAUUAGAGCGUUGUAUCUAAUUAACAGAUCUAAAAAUAUCUGUAGACAAAUGUACAGCUACAGUAAUGUUCCAGUUUGUGACCGAGGUUAAUAGUCUGAACAGAAAUCUUUGUCUUUUUUAAAUGUAAUGAUAAGUCACACAUUCACUGUAAGUCCAAAAUUCACAGAGGAAGUCUUGGAGUCCAGAUAUUUAUCUUAAAAUCAGAAAAUCUUUGAAGUUGUUGAAUUCACUGUUUUGUGCUGAGUACACAGCCAAAUGUGAGCGUGUACACUGUGUAUAUAUUCAUGUGUGAGUGUUUGUGUGUUGAUGUGUGAUUGUAUAGUUUAGUUUUUUAUUUGCACAUAUAUACAGAAGUGUAAAACCAGAUGAUGGAAAUAAAACAGAUGUGACAGGAGAUGUCAAGAAGCCACAUGCUCAUGCAAUGGACUUCCCCUAAACUUAAGAAAAAAGGACAAAUGAUGAUUGGAGAACAUGGCCACAAUAUGACAAUGAGGGAGGGUCUGUAAGUGAUAAGAUGGACCUACGAGUGACACUUUGCAUAGUAAAAUGCAUAACUAAUGUUAUAAAGAAGUAUAAAAAAAACAUCAAGAAGAGUCAGAAACAUCUUAGGAAUUGAUUUAAACUAUGCCUUUUAUAUCAGAUGAUACCACAUCAGCUCUCAAGCACUGUAUCAAAAGUCAAAGAGUGUUGAACAAGACAGUAGCUAACUAGCCCAGCUAGGAUUAACUUGAACACUGAUGGUAACUGAAAUGCAGUUUUCUGUCUUGAUGUAAUAUGUGACAGAUUCAGUAAAUGUAGUGCAGCAUUUCUGGAGAAAUGCAAAUUUAUUUAUGGUGAAAUCAUACUGGUCGUGCCUCUACAGAAAUCAAACUUCAUGUCACUUUUGCUACAGUAUGUUCACGCUGGGAUGUUCCUCUCUUCUUCAUUUCAUUGUCUUCUGGUGUUUUUUUGUUUUUUUUAAUUAUUAUCCAUGUAGGUUUUAAUGAUCUUCAGUUUCUUAACCAAUUACAGUACUACUGUGUUUUGGAUAACAACACCAAUGUUUUUUUUUAUGUUUUGACUAUGUAUAUGUUGUACAAUGUUGUGUGUGAAAGAUGAUGAUAAUGAUGUAAUGAUGAUGCCUUACAGUACAAAUGACCAAUGUUCUCCCUACCAGUAUUUUUCGUAGCAAUGGUGUUGGAGUUUCAUUUCUCUGUUUGGGACUGUGUGCAGUUUAUAGAUCUUUAAUAACUGUUAUUUGGACAUUGUAUCGUAAUGAAGUUUCAGUUUUAAACACCAACUCUCCAUAUUUAUGUUUCAGGGGGGAAUAUUGACUAAUUGUUUUUUUAAAUUCUGUAAUAAUGGUGGUGUUGUGCUGGCUUUUCGAUUGUACAAUGAACAUGCUGCCAUGUACAAUAUUCUGCAUGCAUAUUUUUGGUGUCAACUGACUGUAUAGAAUAACACACAAACACACAAACAUAAAUUAUUUUACGAAUGUAGCUUAAUUCUGUGACUUUGCAGCACUGAUUUUAUUUAAAGUUAUAUUGGGUAACUGAUACAAAAUCUUGCAAUUAAAAAAAGUUUUGGUUGUAAUUACUUGUGAUUGAAUGGUGCAUGUUUGUACUUUAAUUUGAAUCAUUGUCUUAAUCAUUGGGCACAAUUAUACAUUUGUACAUACCUAUGUAGAGAAUGGUUUCUAAGAACCUCUAAAUAGAGAUUUACUGCCCCGCUCAAGGACUCCUCAGAAGUUAGUGUGGUAGGAGGGGAAUAGCUUGUUUCCUGCAUUCCAGCUGGGUGAGUGAUUUGUUCUCUCAGCCAGAUAGACAUGAGCAGAUUGUUUAUUCUGUGGAACUGAGGAAUUCUGCAGUUACUGUUUUUCAUGGUAAAAUACUCCGCAA